GCACUGCUUGCGCUGCUCUUGACGGGAGCUCUGGGAAACACGGAAAAGACCAUCUUCGUCGCGCCCGCUGCCAUCAUUCUCCCCAAUGCUGGUCCUCGUCUGGCUGACCUGAAGCUUGACACUCUUUCGUCUUCAUCAUCCUCCCUGCAGAGGCCAUUGUCCGUCGCAUUUCCCUCCGAGGACGCACCUCAAGGUCGUGAAUCGUGGUACCUACUGCAGGACCUGAUUGAAGGACAAAGAUACGAAGUGCGCGUUUGCUGGGCUGCUGUUCAACCCACCGAAUUCUGGCUCGACGUCUACAACAUCACGCACGUCUUCGAAACCCCAAGAUUGAUCCAAAGUCUGGCAGAGUUUGCUGAAGAGCAAAUACAGGCAGAUCCACGCAAGGGAUCAGUCGCACCUUCAGAUUCUAGCAAUCCCAACAGCAGUCUCUUGUUCCUUCACGUGCGAGCUGCCGCAGACUUCUUCUCUUCCAACAACACAUUGAUGCAACAUCCGCCCAAAGUCAGCGUCGACAUCAUUCUUGACCCAUAUCUGGCCAACAUCUUCCCUGCCUCCUUGCUUCCGACUGCCGCCUACAUCGUCGUGCUUGCGGUUGGUGCUUGGUAUCUCUCAGCCAUCAUCUGGCGUCGACUGCAG